AUGGGCAACCGAAAAUCCCGACCGAAACGUACUCAGCCGCUUGGCAAAGUUUCUCGACUACAAAGCACUCCACUGUCCACGCAAGUUAAGUCAACUAGUACUCUUAAAAGUUCACGUAACUUUGAUCGUUGUCCAGAAAAACCAAAUGAAUUUGCACAUAAUUUAACUACUCCAUCACCGACGAGAACACUCAGUGAAUCAGUAAUACUUGUCUGGCUUGAUUCACGUAUAGAUGACGCUGUUGCUGAUACGCGUCUCACAAAACAUAUGCUUGGGACCUUGAUUGCUAAUGGUUCUCUUCAUUCAUUCACGAAUACAACCGAUUGUCUCGAGUUUAUAACGCAACGGCAAGAUACAAUCGAGACAAUAUUUUUAAUUAUGUCUGGGGAGUGUUCGCGCGAAUUGUUCAAUAAACUUGAUUAUCGCAUAUGCAAUAUAAUCGCUUCAAUGUUCAUCUUUUGCUUAGACAAGCAUAGAUACGAGUCGAUAUUGAAUGGCCAUAAGAAACUAGUUGGAAUUUACACGGAGCAAUGGAGAUAUUCACAAUCAUGUAGUCAGACUGAAACAGGGUCCAAAAUGAACACAUCUGAUUGUAUCAAAGACGAUGAUUCUUUAGGUUGUCCGUCAUAAUGUCGAAAGGAAAAAUGUUGAAAAAAUAAUAUUGACAUGAAACAUUGUCGGUUAAUAUUUUAGAGAAUUGUAAAUAAUAUAGUGCAUAUUUUUUUGCAUAAAAUUAAGUUGAAAUCUUAACAGUGAGAAAAAUAUAAAAAUAAAUAAAAAACGAAAAUGUUAUUUUUUCACGAACUUCAUGAACCUCAAGUGUUUCUUUCUCUCGAAGAUGAUUAUCAUUGUCAACAGUUUUCAUCAAUCGAUUAUUUGAAUCAGUAUGCACUUUAGCUGCACUACCAUUAAUAGUGCAUAUCCAAUAUUUAGUAGUUGUUGUUGCUAUAUUCAAUUUAAAAGUAUAAUCAUCGACAACUAUUAUAGUAGAGGUAUUCCUUUAUUUGAAUUUAUAAAUCAAAUAGCAGGUGAUUUUACUUGAAUUUCACCAGCUAAAGUUACGGAAGCUUCAGCCAUGACAUUACAAUUUUAGUUAUUUAACAAUUCUUUGUUUAACUCUUUCAUUUUACUUGUAUUGAUAGUUAGUCGUUCCUAUAAAUACUGGCUAAAAUUCUGCACUCGUAAAAUUAUAAGAAAAAACAAUGAACUAAAUGGGAUUAGAAUCGUCUUAUACUGGAGACAGCAGUAUUUUUUUAUUUUUUCUUUCGACAUUUUUCCAGUACACCAUUCUUCACGUUCUCAUACUCAUUGUUGACACGACUCAUUGUGUUUGGAAGUAACCUUUUUUUUUAUGUAAGUUUUUUAUGGAAAUUUCCACAGAAAAGGCAGCAAAAGAAGAACAAGCUAUCAAUACUUAGUGAAUGGAAAUGUUUAGAAAUAAUAUACCAUAAGAAUUGUGAGACGCGACUGCUAACGUGUCGAAUUACAUACCGAGUUAAUGAAUUACCCCAUCU